AUGGAAACUCGGAGCCGGAAGCGGGCGGAGGCCACGUCAGCAGCGCCCUCUUCUUCCUCCUCCGGUCCCACCACCCGUUCCUCCAAGCGCGCACGCCUACUCUCAUCCGCCGCCACGUCAUCUGCCUCCUCUGCCGCUCUCUCAUUGAUCUCCACUCGCUCCCGCUCUGCAGCCUCUGUCAAAGCUAACGACCACCCUAUGGACCCCACCACCGAGUCCUCUGGGUCCCGCCGCCGUGGCCGAAACUCGGAUAACAGAGACAAUUCCGAGAAAGGAAAGGAAAAGGAGCACGAGAUUAGGGUUAGGGAUAGGGAUAGGGAAAGAGAAAGGGAUAGGGAUAACGAGCGGAGCUUGGGGCUGAACGUCGAUGCGGGCUGCGACGAUGAUGACAACGAUAGCGAGGGCGGUGGAGUCGGAAUUCUUCACCAGAAUCUGACCUCGGCUAGCAGCGCCCUCCAGGGGCUGCUGCGGAAGCUCGGGGCGGGGCUUGACGAUCUUUUGCCGUCGUCGGCAAUGGGCUCGUCGUCGGCCUCGCACCAGAGUGGGCGGCUUAAGAAGAUUCUGUCUGGGCUGAGGGCCGACGGCGAGGAGGGGCGGCAGGUCGAGGCACUGACGCAGCUCUGUGAGAUGCUUUCCAUUGGAACCGAGGAGUCGCUGAGCACAUUUUCCGUCGAUUCGUUCGUACCUGUGCUCGUUGGGUUGCUGAAUCACGAGAGCAAUCCUGAUAUAAUGCUCCUAGCGGCGAGGGCGCUUACGCAUCUGUGCGAUGUGCUUCCUUCGUCCUGCGCCGCGGUGGUGCAUUAUGGCGCGGUUUCCUGCUUUUGCGCUAGGUUGCUUACAAUUGAAUAUAUGGACUUGGCUGAACAGUCUCUACAAGCCUUGAAGAAGAUAUCUCAGGAACACCCGACUGCCUGUUUGCGAGCUGGUGCUCUUAUGGCUGUGCUUUCGUAUCUGGAUUUCUUUUCCACAGGAGUUCAGCGAGUGGCAUUGUCUACGGCUGCAAAUAUGUGCAAGAAACUCCCUUCAGAUGCAGCUGACUUUGUGAUGGAAGCUGUUCCCCUGUUGACUAACCUUCUUCAGUAUCACGAUUCGAAGGUGUUGGAGCAUGCUUCUGUUUGUUUGACUCGAAUUGCUGAAGCAUUUGCAUCAUCUCCGGAUAAAUUAGAUGAACUUUGCAAUCACGGUCUGGUUACUCAAGCUGCCUCGCUUAUUUCCACCAGCAAUUCUGGAGGUGGACAGGCAUCUCUCAGUGCUCCUACAUACACGGGUUUAAUACGACUUCUUUCCACUUGUGCAAGUGGUUCUCCUUUGGGAUCCAAAACUUUGCUUCUCCUGGGUAUCAGUGGUAUCCUUAAAGAUAUUUUAGCGGGGUCAGGCAUAUCAACUAAUGCUUCGGUUUCACCUGCUUUAAGUAGACCAGCGGAGCAGAUUUUUGAGAUUGUCAACCUUGCAAAUGAGCUUCUCCCUCCAUUGCCGCAAGGAACCAUCUCCCUCCCAUCUAGCUCCAAUUUAUUUGUGAAAGGAUCUGUUGUUAAGAAGUCUUCUGCUGGCAGUUCUGGGAAACAGGAAGACACAAAUGGAAAUGUUCCUGAGGUUUCAGCACGUGAGAAAUUAUUAAAUGAUCAGCCUGAACUUCUUCAGCAAUUUGGAAUGGAUCUCCUUCCCGUUCUAAUACAGAUCUAUGGUUCUAGUGUGAAUGGCCCUGUUCGUCACAAAUGUCUUUCAGUGAUUGGAAAAUUGAUGUACUUCAGUACUGCAGAGAUGAUUCAGUCUUUAUUAAGUGUGACAAACAUAUCAAGUUUCUUAGCAGGUGUUUUAGCAUGGAAAGAUCCACAUGUCUUGAUUCCCGCCCUUCAAAUUGCUGAGAUUCUGAUGGAAAAGCUUCCUGGGACUUUCUCCAAGAUGUUUGUUAGAGAAGGUGUGGUACAUGCUGUGGACCAACUUAUUUUAGCUGGUAAUCCAAAUCCUGCAGGGUCAUCUUCUGCUGAGAAGGAAAAUGAGUCUGGCCCUGGAACAUCAUCACGCUCUAGGCGUUAUAGAAGACGGAGUGGAAGCACGAAUCUAGAUGGAGGUGCUUCAGAAGAAUCUAAGAAUCCUGGUUCAGUAAAUAUUGGAUCGCCUCCAAGUUCGGUGGAAAUUCCUUCUGUCAAUUCCAAUCUUCGUAUGGCAGUCAGUUCAUGUGCUAAAGCUUUUAAAGACAAGUACUUCCCUUCAGAGCCUGGUUCUGUUGAAGUUGGAGUUACAGAUGAUCUUCUACAUUUAAAGAAUCUUUGCAUGAAAUUGAAUGCCGGUAGGACUAAUGAAGAAAUUGUUCAAGAUGCAUUCGAGUCAUUUGAAAUUGACGACGAUGUUGUUGAAGUAAAUUCACUAGGAGAUGACUCUGUUUCUAUGGGGAAUAAGAAAAGGAAAAGAAGCGUAGGAAGACCUCAGAUGUUUGACAAUAUUAUGACAUCGUUCCUAAUGCUGAUCCAAAUGACCCGGAGGUAUGGGCAAAAUGCAAGACUGCAAGAUGGAUUGAAAGAGAUCAGUGAUACUAUCCAAAAGGUUCGAGAUAGCGUCAAAUGGAAUUCUACAUAUCUGAUGCUUGAGAGUGCAGUUUACUAUAGGCGUGCUUUUAGUUAUUUGGAAAUGACUGAUAAAAACUAUAAGCAUUGUCCUACUGCAGUUGAGUGGGAAACGGUGGAUAAUAUCAAAAGUUUCUUAGCUUGCUUUUACCAAGCUACAUGUGCUUUUUCUGGUACUAAGUAUCCCACUGCCAACUUAUAUUUUUAUGUGAUUGCCAUGAUUUAUGUGAGCUUGAAGGAAGACAUUGUGAGUGGAGAUGAGCAUAAGAGUUUAAUGGCAACUCAAAUGCUCUCUAAAUUUGAGAAGUAUUGGUUGGACUUUAGUGAAGUGUUGGUUGUUGCAGUUAUUUUAGAUCCUCGUUACAAGCUUCAUCUUGUAAAUUAUUACUAUACGAAGAUCUAUGGAGUUAUGAAUUCUACAUAG